AUGGACCAACUCGAACAAAAGCAGAGUGCUCUGAGGGAAGAGAUGUUCAGUAUGCGUGCCCAGAUGGGGCAACUGAUGGAAACCAUUCAGGAUGUGGCCAAAGGACAAGAAGCUAUUUCUAGGAGUCACGAGGAACUCCGUCUAGCCAAUCAGAGGGCUACCGCUGCUACCAAUCAUGUGCCACCACUUGGCAACCCUUAUGUUCAGAUCCCAGUGGGUCCACUAGGAGGUGCACCUCCACUUGGAGGAGGAGGUUCGGCCAAUCAAAACCUCGUUGUUCCUCCCGUCUUUGAAAUGGACGAUCAAAAUGAUGCCUUCUACAAUCCUAGAGAAGAUUCGGUCUACGAUGCUUUUGGACCAGCCAGUGCUGAAAUCGAUAGGAAGUUUUGUGCCCUAGAAGAGAAAAUGAAAGCUAUGGAGGGACCCAGUGCUUUUAGGUUGGAUGCUGCUGAGAUGUGCCUGGUGCUAGGCGUUCAGAUACCUGCCAAGUUCAAAGUGCCUAACUUUGAAAAAUAUAAAGGGGUCAGCUGUCCCAGAACGCACAUUCGAGCAUAUUGUAGGAAGAUGGUUGCGUACUCUAGUGACGAGAGACUACCCAUGCACUUCUUCCAAGACAGCCUAAGUGAGGCUUCUUUGGAAUGGUACAUGCAGCUGGAGAGUACGACCAUUCAGACUUGGAAAGACCUAACUGAGGCAUUCCUGAAACAUUACCAGUAUAAUGCAAAUAUGGCUCCAAGGAAUACGCCCAGCGUUGGAGAGAGUUGGUAG